CGAAAGAGAUAGAGUUCGGUAGAAAUUACAUUCUCAGUUCAACAUUUGUGUGAAAUGAAAUGCGAGGAAUAUGAUUCCGAAACUGACACACACACACAAACAGACGCAAACGAACGAACGUCCAACAAGCGAUAACACCGGUUUUUCAAUCUAUCUUUUAUAAUACAGUUUUUAGUUGCCAUUUGGGUUUCAGUUAAUUUUUGGUAAAAUUUCUAAAGUGUACCGUUUGUAAGUAAUGUGUGCUGCAGUUUUGCCACGGCUAUUUAAACUGAAUAAUCAAAUACAGUGGGACCAAGCCAUCAACAACAUUGAACACGAAAUGUUUACCGAUGGAAAAACGUUGCACGAGGCUACUCCUGCUAAAGGUACAGCUGUUACACUCAAUUCGGCCAAUCCGACCAAAGAACUAGCCUCAACGAUUGUUACGCUCAGUGAACAAAUACAGAGAAAUGAACAAAUGUUCAAUGGCGAAGAUGUACAGAACACAUCGAAACAGAUAAAUCUUGCUGUUGAUUUUAUAAAGGCUAGUACCAAGAACGAUUCGUUCAUUGACGUAAAUCCGGUCAAACGGGAGAUUGUAGUUAUCUCUGCUACAAGUAAUAAGUCACUGUUUGAGACACUUGUAUCCAUUCAUUAUGCUACAGUUGCAUCCAACAAGAUUACCAUUAUUUUCGACGAAAAGAGAGCAUAUUUGAAAGACGUUCUACUGUCGGUGUUCAAUGUUGAAUCUCAAGCUGAUGUCGACUGUUCCGUCGCAGAAUCAUCGUCAUUUUGCACACAAAUUAUUUUUGAUUCGGCCGAUUUUCAGUCGGCUUUCAAUACAUUAGCGACCGCUUUCAAUGAUACAACUUCGCCAUGGAAAAUUCGCAGCUGCUGGAUACAGGACACACUCAGACAGAAGUUCUACAAUUGCUUUCCGUCACUAUUGACCAAUGCACGAGAACUGAACGAUGCCCAAAAGUUGGAAGUACAGAACGUAUUGACGCAAUCAAAACAAUUCGAUGCGACCGUAUUUCAAUCCGACGAUAAGAAUGCAACCUUUUUGGUGGAUCUGACCAAGAAACACAUUGAUUCGGAUCUAUGUGUUACGGUGAAUUUCUUUCGAACACCCAAGGAAGUUGUGUCAUUGAUGCAAUCCACCGACAACACCAAUACCGUCUCACUUUGGUCGGAAAGUAUAUCUCUGGUAUUCGAUGUGGCCGAUAAAUUGAAUGCGGAAAAUAUUUGGAUUAAUUCGAAUGGACUGUUAGAUCCGAAAGUGCCAUUUACAUUUGGCAGAGGAGAAGACAGGAAAAUUUACGGGUCGAAUUUGGGGAUCGCUCAGAUGUUGAUCGCUCAGGCGAAGAAAGCUCCCGGCUGUAAGCAGCCAACAUAUUCGUCAGCAUUAACGAUUCCAGGCAAGUACAAUUUUCAGACGACGUCCCGAGCGAAACAGUCACCUUUAAUUUCUGAUGAUUCAACCAAACGAACAACAAAUGCAGAAUUGAACAGCUUGAUUGACGUCAGCCAAACAAAUACUUUCAAAACAAUCUGUUUCCCAUUUGGACAAAUAUUUGGUAACUAAAGUUUUUUUUUCUCGGUUUAUUUUCAACUUUUUUGUAAUAUGAUCGAGUUAUUAAAAAUAAAUUUAAUCGCAAG